UGUCAGGAUGAAGGCUCUCGUUCUGCUGGUGGCCCUGCUGUGCCAGGGUGCCUGGGCCUUGAGAUGCCACAAUUGCUCUAGCACUGGAGGGAGCACGUGCUCAGGACCUGUAGAAUGCCCCAGCCGCGCGCAAGCCUGCAUUUCAGAGAAGCUAAGCAUGGACAUGCUGGGCGGGAAGUACACCUUAGUGGCCAAGAGCUGUGUGGAGUCCUGCGACUACCCCAUGCCCGUGAAAGCCAGAGCGUACAUCAAGGAGAUGCAGGUCUUCCAACACUGUUGUAGCACUGACCUGUGUAACGGAGCCGGGAACUGGGGCCCAGGGACCACCACCGUGGGCCUCAUGCUUGUGGCCACUGUCCUCGUCACCCUCCCAGGGGCCUUCUUGUGACCCAGAGGCGCAGGACGUGCAUGAGGCAGCACAGCCCCUGUCCCCAUCCAACUGUCUGUGAGCACAUCCAUGGAGGACGGAGCCUGGGGAGGUGGGGGACUGGGCGGGAUGGUCACAAAGGACUGCGCCAACUCAUCCCCAAUCUUCAAGGCUGACAGAUGUCCCCACCCCCCGCACGCCGAUGCAGAGAACCCCCCAGUCUUUGACUUUGUCUGAGGGUCCUCCCUGGCCCUUCAGCAAAACCGGCCCUGCCCCUGUCCUCUGGGAGCUGCCGCCCCACCCUGGUGGUGCUGGGAGGAGUGUCCUUUGCCCUGGGUGGAGGACCCAACAGCCAGGAUGUUGCUUUCAAGGGCAGAAAGUGAGGCCUGACUCACACCCCAGAGCCCCUGGUCAGGCUGGGGCUCUGGGGGUCACAAGCCCUCCCCGCAGUGCCUCCCGUCCCUGUCCAAAUCCUCGCUUCCUCACGGGUCCCCCAGGAGCCUCUGGAAUAAAGCUCGUA